UUGACUCGAUUGGUUUGGGCUGGUAUUCUGCGCGGGUGCUUCAGUGCUUCUGCACGCGGGUUGAGCGCUGUUACUCAUUGCAUUGUAGUUAUUGGCCUUUCUGACCACAAUUAGAUUGCAAACUUUUGCUUUUCACAAUUAUAAACGGAGAAAUGGCUGAUUCACAGGAUGACAAACUCUACAAAGCCGAGUAUGCGAAAAGUGGACGCGCCUCUUGCAAGAAAUGCAAAGAAAACAUAGCAAAAGCCUCGUUGAGAAUGGCCAUUAUGGUGCAGUCUCCCAUGUUUGAUGGCAAAGUGCCCCACUGGCACCAUUUUUCCUGCUUUUGGCUCCGGGCUGCAGUACAGUCACCCUCUGACAUAUCUGGAUUUACUGACCUCCGCUGGGAUGACCAGGAAAAAGUGAAGAAAGCCAUUGAGAGCGGAGGUGCUACAGGAGGUAAAGGAGAGCAGAAGGGAGCAGCUAAAGGAGAGAAGACACUGAAUGACUUUGCAGUGGAGUACGCAAAAGCCAACAGAAGCACCUGCAAGGGGUGUGAUCAAAAAAUCGAAAAGGACCACAUCCGUGUGUCAAAGAAGACAGUGGACCCAGAGAAACCUCAGCUUGGUCUAAUAGAUCGCUGGUACCACACUGCCUGCUUUGUGAGCCGCCGUGAGGAGCUACUGUUUAAACCAGAGUACAGUGCCGCCCAGCUCAAAGGUUUCGCAGCUCUUCGAGAUGAAGACAAAGAGGAGCUGAAGAAAAGACUUCCUGCUGUGAAGAAUGAAGGGAAGAGAAAGAUAGAUGAUGUAGAUGGAGGAGUCUCCAAGAAACAGAAGAAAGAAGAUGAAAAACUGGAGCUGAAACAACUGAAGGAGCAAAGCCAGAUGAUCUGGGGAAUUAAGGACAAGCUGAAGAAAUUCUGCUCCAUCAAUGACAUGAAGGAACUGCUUAUUGCCAACAAUCAGGAGGUUCCAUCUGGGGAGUCAAAUAUCAUAGACCGGCUUUCAGACUGCAUGGCUUUUGGGUCCUUGAAGCCUUGUGAGACUUGCAAAGGGCAGCUUGUGUUUAAGAGUGAUGCAUACUACUGUACUGGAGACAUCUCUGCGUGGACCAAGUGUGUAUUCAAGACUCAGACACCUGAUCGCAAAGACUGGGUCACUCCUAAGGAGUUCAGUGAGAUUCCAUUCCUGAAGAAGUUUAAGUUUAAACGGCAGGACCGUGUGUUUCCCAAAGAUGCCCCUCCUGCAGCCCCCACCCCUUCGUCUGCUGCUGCUACUGUGACCUCAGCUGCCCCGAGUGCGUCCACUGCCGCCAGUAAUAACCUCACUGAGGUGCCUGCAGAUAAGCCUCUGACAGGACUGAAGCUGCUGGCUGUGGGAAAACUUAGAAAGAACAAAGAUGAGCUGAAAAAUGCAGUGGAAGUACUGGGAGGAAAAAUCACAGGCACUGCCAACAAAGCUGCUCUCUGCCUCAGCAGCAAGAAGGAGAUUGAAAAAAUGAGUAAGAAGAUGGAGGAGGUGAGGGACGCAGGUGUGCGUGUGGUGGCAGAGGACUUCCUCACUGACAUCAAGGAGUCCGGCAAGGCCCUCCAGGAGCUCAUUUCCCUGCACGCCAUCUCACCCUGGGGUGCUGAAGUUAAAGUCGAGUUCCAGGCUGCAGCCCCGGCCUCCAAAUCCACUGGCGCUCAUUCCUCAAAGAGUACCAGCAGAGUCAAAGAGGAAGAAGCAGGUGGAAGCAAAUCGAAGAAAAUGAAACUGACAGUGAAAGGAGGGGCAGCAGUUGAUCCAGACUCAGGUCUGGAAAACUGUGCUCACGUACUGGAUCAGAAUGGGAAGAUUUACAGCGCCACACUGGGUCUCGUGGACAUCGUCAGAGGGACGAACUCAUACUACAAACUACAGCUGCUGGAGGAUGACGUCAAGAAACAAUACUGGGUGUUCAGGUCGUGGGGUCGAGUCGGCACCACCAUUGGGGGAAACAAACUGGACAAGUUUUAUGAUAAGAACUCCGCAAUGGACAAUUUCUGCAGCGUGUAUGAGGAAAAGACUGGGAAUGCCUGGGCCUCCAGCAACUUCACAAAAUACCCCAACAAGUUUUAUCCUCUAGAGAUUGACUACGGACAGGACGAGGAGGCUGUGAAGAAGUUAACUGCGAGCACAGGUGCCAAGUCCAAGCUGGACAAACCCAUCCAAGACCUCAUCCGAAUGAUCUUUGAUGUGGAGAGCAUGAAGAAAGCCAUGGUUGAGUUUGAGAUUGACUUGCAGAAGAUGCCUUUGGGAAAACUAAGUAAGCGACAGAUCCAGAGUGCUUAUUCCCUCCUGAGUGAGGUCCAACAGGUUGUGGCAGAUAGCGCUGCAGAAGCACAGAUCUUAGAUCUGUCCAAUCGCUUCUACACACUGAUACCUCACGACUUCGGCAUGAAGAAACCACCACUGUUGAAUAACAUGGAUUACAUACAGCAAAAGGUGCAAAUGCUGGACAACCUGUUGGACAUCGAGGUGGCCUACAGCCUGCUACGAGGAGGAGUGGAGGACAAUAAGAAAGAUCCCAUUGAUAUUAACUACGAGAAACUCAAAACCAAAAUUGAGGUGGUUGAACAGUCAUCAAGUGAGGCUCAGCUUAUCCUACAAUAUUUGAAGAAUACACACGCUGCUACUCACAACACCUACACACUGGAUGUCGAGGAGAUCUUUAAGAUCGACAGGGAGGGUGAGUCCCAGCGUUUCCGCCCCUUCAAAGAAUUACAAAACCGGCAGCUGCUGUGGCACGGCUCCCGCACCACCAACUACGCUGGUAUCCUGUCUCAGGGUCUGCGUAUCGCUCCUCCUGAAGCUCCGGUGACAGGUUACAUGUUUGGCAAAGGUGUUUACUUUGCUGACAUGGUGUCGAAGAGUGCAAACUACUGCCACACAUCCCAGGCUGACCCUGUUGGCCUCCUUCUGUUAGGAGAGGUUGCCCUCGGAAACAUACAUGAACUGAAAAAGGCCUCACACGUUACAAAGUUACCAAAGGGUAAACACAGUGUAAAAGGUUUGGGAAGGACCGCUCCAGACCCAAGAGCUACUGUAUCUCUGAAUGGAGUGGAUGUUCCUCUGGGCAAAGGCAUCAACACAAACACUGAAGACACAAGUCUGCUGUACAACGAGUACAUUGUGUAUGAUAUUGCUCAGGUUAACCUGAAAUACCUGCUGAAGAUUCGCUUCAACUACCAGACCUCUCUCUGGUGAGACAGCAGAUGAGAUCUGUCCAGGUGGACAGGCUUUUGGACGCCACCGAAGCCCACUGCUACAGCUUUAGCACCAAGACCAAGCAGCAUAUGGGUUGACAAACCAUUAAAUCAGUUUUCUAGCGCUUCGGCAGCACAUUUCCUGUUGCUCUAAUCUGUUAGUUUGGAGUUAAGUGGCUAUAUCUAAAUCGUAUCACUGCAUUGUUGCAAAUAUCACAGGCUUAGGUACAUAAUCGCAGAAAUGAUUGGACUUAUCUGUGGAGAUCUUGCUUAUGAGCUACCAACGAUGAUAGGUAGACAGUCUUCCAUUUGAUUCAUAGACUUUCUUCGUUGAAAUAGUUUUGCUAAACCUGGAAUCAGGUUAACGGUAACACAUCUAGUGUACACAUUUUUGUUUGUCUUCUCAAUAUAAAAAAGAGAACAUGUACAGUUUUAGACAAAAUGUUGUAAGUUAGCAAAUAGCAUGCCAUAAGUGAGUAACCUUUUACUAGAAUUGCCAAUGUAUGGACAAAUGUUUUGUAUGUUAAAUCUGUACUUUCCCAGUUUUGUUUUUCAGUUUGAUGUCCCUUAUUAAAACCAACUAAAAUGGCAAUGAAAAGCUCAAAGCAGUGGCUGCUGCUGUACUCAUGCACCUGUAAUCUUUUUUGUUUUUUUGGUAAACGUUGCUCCACUACGGUUUUGUGGACAAGAAGCUGUUGGCGUCCUGACAGAUGUCUUUGCCUCAUAAAUAAAACGG